AUGGCGAACAAUCGUAUUCCGUCAGGGCCUAAUACGCCCGGAUCGCAACAAACCCCAACACAACAAGGCAUAAAAAUUUUUAUACAAAGAGACUACUCUGAAGGCACUGCCGUCAAAUUUCAAACAAGAUUCCCUCCUGAAUUAGAAGACAGAAUAGAUCGACAAACAUUUGAAUUUACAAUGGAAAGACUAAAUGAACAUUUUGAAAUGGCAGAAACAGCAGAUUGUAGUACAUACUGUGAAGGAUGCCUUGCCUGUCUUACUGCAUAUUUUAUAUAUAUCUGUACAGAGACUCACUAUGAAAAGCAUCUACGGAAAAUAUCAAAAUUCAUAGCAACCCAGAAUGAAAGGGUGUACAAUCCGAGAGGGAUUCACAUAACAGAUCCUAUAUUGAGGGGUUUGAGAGUUAUUGAAAUAACAAUAAUAGAUGUGCCCAAUUGUCAAAGUCCAACGGGAAAUUCAACAAACACACAACUGCGACAUACU